AUGGAGGAGGGCAAGGUGCGAGCCAUUCAAGAGUGGGAACCACCAACCAAGAUACCUGAGCUGCGGUCUUUCCUUGGAUUGGUCAACUAUUAUCGUAGGUUCAUCAAGGGAUAUUCAGCCAUUGCCGCCCGCUUGACGGAUUUGCCGAAGAAGAACAAGACGUGGCAAUGGACGCCACUAUCCCAACAUGCCUUCGACGAGUUGAAGAGGGCACUUAUGGAGGAACUAGUGCUGAGACUACCCGAUCUUACCAAACCUUUUGAGGUACAUACUGAUGCAUCAGAUUUUGUUAUUGGUGGUGUACUCAUGCAGGAUGGACAUCCAUUGGCUUUCAAGAGUAGGAAGCUCAAUGACACUGAACGGAGGUAUACCAUUCAAGAGAAGGAGAUGACAGUCAUAGUGCACUGCUUGCAGACUUGGAAGCACUACCUACUUGGUUCUCAGUUCGUGGUCAAGGCUGAUAAUGUUGCCAUAAGCUACUUUCAGUCCCAACAGAAGUUGUCACCCAAGCAGGCAAGGUGGCAAGACUUCUUGAUGGAGUUCAACUACAAAUUGGAGUACAAGCAAGGGAAGACGAAUGUCGUUGCCAAUGCCUUAAGCCGGAAGGCCACACUCACAGCUGUUGUACAACCUCAAAGGAAGAGAAUCUAUGUUCCAAGGUGGGACAAUCUGAGGCGAGAGCUACUGAAGGAGUGUCACGACUCAAAGUGGAGGAGACAUCCGAUGCGGAAAGAUGUAAACUCGUUCGUGAGUCUACCUAAGUCAGAAGGGUAUGGCUCAAUUUUGGUGGUGGUCGACAGGUUCACCAAGUAUGCUACCUUCAUCCCCACACUAACGGAUUGCAACGCGGAGGAAGCUGCAUGCUUGUUUCUAAAGCAUGUGGUGAAGUAUUGGCGGAUCCCCAAGAGUAUUAUCAAUGACCGUGACACUCGCUUCACUGGUAAACUUUGGACGGAGCUCUUUAGGCUACUUGGCUCACAACUGAACUUCUCUACCAGCUUUCACCCACAGACAGAUGGUCAGACGAAAUGGGUGAAUGCAUUGUUGGAGUUAUACUUGAGUGAUCGGAGUCGACAGGGUCAAGUGUUGGCAACUGGACAACAACCUAUGACACCGAACAUAGUGGUGUCAGGCUACACGGGGAGUAGCCCUGCUACAUACAAGACGGCCAAGGAUUGGCAGGUGACUAAUGAGCUGGCUCAAGCUCAAUUGGAGAAAACAACUCGGAAGAUGAAGAAAUGGGCAGACAAGCAUCGACGAGAUGUCGUGUUCCAACCAGGUGAUAUGGUCUUUGUGAAGCUCAAUCCCUCUCAACACAAGUCCACUAGAAAGGUACAUAAGGCGUUGCUGAGGAGAUAUGAAGGCCCAUUUCCUAUCCUCCGAACCGUGGGAAGAGCUGCUUACCGUGUGGAACAACCGCCACGAUUGAAGAUUCAUCCGGUGUUUCACGUGAGCAACCUCAAGCCCUGCCAUGCUGACCUCGAGGAGCCAAAUCGUGGGGAGUCUCAACAAGCUCCACCUUUAAUGAUGACUUCAUUUGAUAAGGAGGUCGAGUGCAUCAUGGACAAGCGUGAGGUGCGAAGCAAAGGUGUACCGAGGUACUUUGAGUACUUUGUCAAAUGGAAGGGUCUGCCAGAGUCCGAAGGUAAUUGGGAGAAAGAAGAGUCCUUGUGGCAGUACAAGGACAAGAUCGAAGCAUUCGAACGAGAAGGAACUACCCCGGUGACGAGGACGACGUCACCGAAUUAG